AUUAAGUCUAUUGUUUGUUUAUUUGACAAGUCAGCACGUGGUUAAUGACCUCGUGGCGUUGUUUGGUCGCCAUUUUUUCUUAGAUCAGCAACAACAUUAGAAUAUUUUAGCAAAAUGAGCGACGAAGACCGUGAUGUUGACAUUGAAAGUGAUGAAGAUGAUGAAGAUGGUUUCAGUAACAUGGGAACUCAAAGUACACAUUUUAUGACUCCGGCUGAAAGACGAGCGCACCAUAAUGCAUUAGAGAGGAAGAGAAGAGAUCAUAUAAAAGAAAGCUUUACCAGUUUAAGAGAUUCUGUGCCACAGUUACAAAGUGAAAAGACUGAAAGUGGUAAGAGGACAACAUCUCAGACUUCAAAAGUAUCAAGGGCACAAAUUUUAAAAAAGGCAGCAGAUUACAUAACAUAUAUGCGACGCAAAAAUCAUAGUCACCAACAAGAUAUUGAAGAAUUGAAAAGACAUAAUAAUGUUUUAGAACAACAAAUCAAAUCUUUAGAAAAAGCAAAAAGUACAGGACAAUUUGCUGUAACUGGAUCAGUGAAUUCUCAUGGAGGAACAUUAUCUUUUGAUGUGUCAGGAUCUGAUUCUGAGGAAAAUCAUGGACAAAUACCUGUAGCAAAAAAAAUCAAGCUCUCUGUAGACUGAUAGUGAUUAUAACUGUAGUGACAAGUUAAAUACUUUAUAAUAAUGAUGCAACCAAAGUUCAUACAUAAUUGGAUUAAUAUUAUAGUAAUUGAGAAUUUCUCGUAAAAGUGUUUAUUCCUGGAUUAUAAUGAUGCAAAUGGCAGGCUCUUUAGAUAGUCACACAUUAUUGAAAGGACAUUUCCAUUUCUUAUGCUAUGUUUCAGGUCAUUUAUGUCACAUUUCUUAAUUGGAAGCAGUAAAAUGUAAUUGCAUUAAGUGAUGUUUUAAAUUGUUGAUCUACCUGCCAUGUUUAAAGUUAAAUAUAUUGAAGUCAUCAGAUUAUGUAUCAUGUCAAUUUGCUACCUCAGCAUUAUGUUGUUUCAUGUGAAACUGUUCUUGGUAUGGUUAGUAAUUAGGUCUACAUGUGAUGAUAAAUAAUUAAUCUGUAAAAUCUUCUCAUCUGGAGACAGUUACUGUCUUUUAUCCCUAGAAUGUGCAUAUGACUAUUUGUAAAGGUAUUCAAAACAAUGUAGAAAUGUGUCCUAAAUGACUUGAAACCUUCUGUUUCAUUUACUUUGUUAGCUACACAAAUUGAAACACAAAGACGCUGAACAUUUAUAUUGGUGCAAGUUAUACUCUUCCAAUCUGGUAUUGGAAUACUUUUGUUGUACAUAUAUUAAUAAGUUUGAAAUAGAAAUUAAUAAUUGUUUAUGUAAUAAGCAAUGAUGAUCAAAAAUUGUGAAAAACUAAAUAAGUAGUUUUUAUUUAAAGUCCCCAGUAGAACGUGUAUAUAGUAAUUGCUGCUUUGUUAAAAUGCUUGGAUACAAAUCAGAGGACCGACAUUUGUUAAUGAAUAAUAGUGAAUAAAUCAUUUGAGCUGCGUCACGACAAAACCAACAUAGUGCGUUUGCGACCAGCAUGGAUCCAGACCUCCGUGCAGUCUGAUCAGGAUCCAUGCUGUUUGCUAUCAGCUUCUCUACUUGUAAUAGUGUUUGUAAGCGAACAGCAUGGAUCCUGAUCAGACUGUGCGGAUGCGCAAGCUGGUCUGGAUCCAUGCCGGUCGAAAACGCAUUACGUUGGUUUUGUCAUGAUGCGGCUCAUUUCAUCUAACUAAAUGAUGCACAUGUAUUUUUGAAUUGCUCAAAUUUAGUUCAGACAUUUGAUAUCUUAAAUUAAGACCAUUUACACUUUAUAUUAAAGGAGCCAAUUAAAGAUGUAUUUUCUAAAUUUGGUGCUUAUUUUUUGUCUGCUUUUUUUCUUCCUCAUGAAUGUGAUCAGAAAUGCAGAAGUAGUCUUACUUUUGUUCCCUUUCUUUCUGUUUCUUUCAUUAUUUCUUUUGUUUUCUGUGUUUUGUUUUAUCACCAGGGAUAUAGGGAUUUAUGAAAAAAAAGUUGAGCAAGAACUACAUUCCAGAUGUUAGGACUAAUCUUGAAUUACAUAACUAUUUUGUUGUUUCCUAGAAAUCAAUCCUCUCUAGAGCAGUGCUUGUUUAUUUCUGUAUAAUUUAUGUACUGAACUUUCCAGACAAGUGAUUCUGUUUAGUUUUACAUCUUUGAUAUUUGAUGAAUUGGAGAGAAAUCCAUGUGUUUGUUUAUGUAGGGAAGUGUAUGUAUGAUUUGAUACAGAGAAACAGUAGAAUUAAUUUUUUUUGUAAAAAUAAUUUACUUGUACUCGGCUGCCAUGAUUUUUUGAUAAACAUUUGUCCUUCUCUUCUAGUUGUUUAUGUUAUAUUGAUGUAUAGAUUUUAAUAAAUUGUAAAAAAUUA